CAACGGGUAGUUUGCCCUUCCUAAAAAUGGCGAUGUUCUGUGUUGGGGUGUGCGGUGGGUUGGCUGUGGCAUUUUACGGAAUCCGACCUAAUGGGUUUACAGUAAUAUGCUCCUCUUUCAAGGCCACCUCUCGAGCAAGACUGCGGCUGUAUAGACACUGCUCAUCCUCCAAAUCCAGGCUAGGGAUUGGCCAGCAAGUUGUGUCCAGGCUUCAAAGGGCCAAUGCCAAAUAUGAGCACUUCCUCCAAAGACGUUUUCCUUGCUUUUAUGUUCUCUAUAGCACUUUUACGAAAGGAUUUCAGCUCUUUUUCCAAGAUGCCAAAGAGGUGAAGAUGAUAAAAACAAGGAUGCUCACAAACAGUGUCAAAGUCCAGGACUUAACCUAUCGUGAUAUGGAGAAACUCAGGCAGUUUCGCAGAGACAUGAUUAAAGCCAUUCCGCUGCUGUUAAUUGCUAUUCCUCCAUUUGCCAACUACCUGGUGUUUGUACUAAUGUACCUUUUCCCCCGCCAGCUCCUGAUCCGCCACUUCUGGACCCCCCAGCAGCAGACAGAGUUCCAGGGAAUGAACCAUUCCCACAGGGCCCAACACCACUGGGCAGUGCUGAAGGGGCUUGAGAGUGCAGGUUCACAUGUCAAAGACAGCCGCCUACUAGACCUCUGCAACAAGGUGCAAAGUGGGAUACACCCUAACAUAUCUGACAUCCAGGCAAUUCGAGACUUGUUUUCUGGAUCUCCCCUGGGUAUCAAGAGAAUGAAUGCAGAUCAGAUGAGGCAACUCUGUCCCCUGUUCUUCCUGACUCCCCGUCUCCCAACUCCCAUGAUUGCCACUCGACUGAACAGCCACGGCAUAGAGCUGCUACAGCUGGACCGUGCUCUCAGCAGACAUGGCCUGCACCAGUUGGAUGACUCAGAGCUGAGACAGGCCUGCUAUGUCAGGGGGCUUGACUCUGGCAGUCUCAACAUCGACCAGUGCCUGGAAUGGCUUUCACAGUGGCUCCAGUUCUCCUCUCGCCUGAAAGAGUCAGAGGUCUCUCUGCUUGUGCAUAGCAUGGUCUUGCUCUCUACCAACUACCCAAAGCCCUACCAACAUUGACAGGAAGGAACAAGGAGUGAUCUGCCACUUCCAUUAAUUCAGCCAUCUCUCACCAUGCUGGGCAGGGCAACUUUCCCAUAAGCCGUCAACAUCUGCAGUCUACCAACGCAAUGGAAUAAACACCAAGCCUUACAACUCAUCUCACUUUUUGGGCAAAGUGAUUACGUGAUACAUUGCAUUUCUGUGGUGAUUGUGACAGAAAUGUGAUAACGUUGAUAAUUUCAGGCUCCAAAGCAAAUGUCACAUGCACGCUAAUGCCCAACUUCGUUUGAGAACUAUCAGUAGAGUUAAAUGUGAUGGAAACCCAUUUAACUUCUUUCAUUAGUCCAUACAGUUCCAAAAUGUUUUUCAUGUCAGCAGUCAAGUUAAGAUAUUGGACAUUCAAGAAGCGAAGCAAAGUGCAUCUUGAAAGUCCAAUCUCUUUAAUUUGACUGCUGACAUGAAAAACAUUAACUGUAUCAACAGUGGACUAAUGAAGAAAACAAAAGUUUGAGUGGAGUAAUCGUACAGUAAAAGUAAUCUGAUUACAAUUGGACAGGUAACUAGUAACUAACAGAUUAUUUAGAAAGUAACCCACCCAACCCUGUACAGGGGGUGGUAACACUUUGUUCAGUAAUAAGGAAGCUUUUGACAUUGGGGAAAAGCAAAGAGCAACUUCUGAGAGUAGAGUAGUAAGUGCAACAUUUAUAGAAUGUUGCUUUACAUUAGCACCUAAUAUAGCAUGCCAAUGCUGUAGUAAGGUGAUACUGGCGAAUAAUCACUGCAAUUCAACAGGCCAUUAGACGUAUUUGAAAAUGUUUCAGCUAUGAUGGCACUUGUUCAAGCAUUGUUUAGUUGAUAGGAAAUGCAUUUCAUGGUGGAAAGAUUUAGUUAACUUUAUUCACCAACCGGUGACGAUAAACUGCACAGCUACAGUAAAUAGCCUCUCAAUCAAUGUGCCUUGGUGGUGGACGGGUGCCAUACAUUUUAAAAUGUAUGGGAUUGCCAGUCAGUCGUUUUAAGAUUCUCAGAUAAAUAUGCAAACCUUGUAUUUUUUACAAAAUGCAUUUUAUCUACUUGUUCAACUCCUUUGGGGCUUUGGAAUCCAUUAUCUGGUGUAUUAAGGCCAUGUUUCUGAAAUAAAAUGUACCACCUAAAGUACUUGUCAAUGUAGAGAAAUGCUCUUAUUUACAGUAAGAACAAGUUGACCUGCACAUUGCAUGUUUACAAGCAUUGUCAUCAAUUAUUUAAAUAAACCUACAGCCUUGUCCUUGAA